AUGGUAAGUCACCCAGUCAGCACUCCUUUGAAAUUUGCGCAGUACCCUGGUAGACAGCACGAGCGAGAUGAGAAGCGAAGUGGAAAGGGCCGGCAAGAGAUGGAGGUGGCCUAUCUUGAAGAAAUGAGCGGGGCAGAAGGAGGAUUUCGAAGAGGCAGAGUCAAGAACCUAUGCGAAGACUUCGGCGUGCUGGACGCGGUCAACGUCCCAAAAACCCGCCGCACCUAUUGCAAAGGCAAAACUUGCAAGAAGCACACUCAACACAAAGUCACGCAAUACAAGGCCGGCAAAGCCUCGCUAUUUGCCCAGGGAAAGCGCCGAUACGACCGCAAGCAGUCCGGUUAUGGUGGUCAAACGAAGCCUGUGUUCCACAAGAAGGCCAAGACGACCAAGAAGGUGGUGUUGAGAUUGGAGUGCACAUCAUGCAAGACCAAGGCACAAUUAUCACUCAAGCGAUGCAAGCACUUUGAGUUGGGUGGUGACAAGAAGACGAAGGGUGCGGCUCUCGUGUUCUAG